UAUAAUUGCACUUGGAUCAUUACAGCACCAUCUAACCACACCGUCAAAUUAAACUUUACUAUAUUCAACCUCCGCGGUUAUGGUGUAAAGACCUACAGGAGCGAGAUUGAAGUAUAUGAUGGAAAGAGUAAAAAUGAUACCUUGCUGGGUAUUUUUAGUGGAUCAAGACGCCCAUUCAUCGUACAAACAACUGGUCAAUUCAUGAUGGUAACCUUUAAAAGGUAUCAUGAAGAGGCAUUUUUUAACUUCAAGGGAGUCUACUCUUCAAGCUCAAUAAAAGGUGAGCUGUAUGUACCAAAAAGAGAGUUCAAAAAUGUUCAUUGGGGGUGAAUUAGGAAAAACCUAUUUGAUUAGAUUAGUUGAACUAUAUCAUAUUAAUUUAUAAUCAUCAGAAAACUCCCAAUAGCAAAGUCUAAUUUAUUCUAUAUAGGUAAAGAAUGAAGAAUGACUUUCCUACGUGACCUUGUUAUAGGGCCUCUUGAAAGAGCAAAUGACUCCAUACAUUACUCACAGAAAUACCCUAUUUAUAUUUGGUGUCUAGAAUAUUUCAUCACUGUUCUGUGAUACCCGUUGACUGCCAUAAAAGCUUUUUCUAAAGCAAGAUUACUUCCAACGAGCCCACCAAAGUAAAAGGACGACACUUUUCUACGGUUACUGUAUAAGUUGCUUAGAUCUUUGGGAUUAAAACUUACAGUUACAAACCUUUUUAGUGGUAAACAAAGGACAGCUCUCAUAUUCAAACAUGUAAAAACAAGAUGCAGGGCAGAAACGUGGCGGAUAUAAGCAAUGCUAUGUUUCCGUCAAGUUUAUAAAAUACGGAAACACGUCAUCUCGUCCUGUGAGUGGAUCCCUAAAAAUGAAAAGCUUACGUCAACAUAAAAUGCACCGUAAAGCUUAAGUCUCCUAAAGUGGCCAUUUAAAACAUUAAUGUUUUCCGAGUAACGUCAGGUUGGAGACGACGUGUUUCACUCUCAAAUUAGACGUUUAUUAGUUAAUAGGUUGUUUACCAAGUUUCAUUCGCAAAAAUAACACUUGGAACGUUCCAGAACCUCACAAUUAAGCCUCUAGAUCAGAGAUUUAUCGCACGUCCACUAACUUGUCAUAUAUUUUUAACAUCGGGGAGAUAAUUCCUGUAACACAAGCAUUAAAAAAGGUUUGUUAACGCGGUUUGUUUUCCCAGAAAAAUCUGGGUAUAACUCAGAAACAAGAAAUUAAAGUUAAUGCAAGGAUCUGUUUUUUUAACUAUGCAAAACUUAAAGCGAGACUUCCAAUCUCGCCAUUUUCCUAGAUAAUCGAGACAUCGAAUGUCAACAUCCAGGAAUGAUCCAAAUAUAGUUUCGGUUAUCAAGGCCUAGACUACGAUAAUUGAUGACCGCUGACAACGGGUCAGCGGUCAUCAACAAUGAUGGCCGCCUCUUUUGAAGCUGCCUAGUUUUGUGUUAUUUGCUUCCUUUUUGUGUUUAAAUCAUUAUGUUUUUUCCUGUGUAAUUGUUACUUUUGGUGUCUUCCUUUUGAAACAUGAGUGCGUCAAAGAAAGGAGGAAGGAAGUAUGAUGUGUAUGACGAUAGUUCUGAAUCUCGUAUGAAGGACUCCCUGGAAACAAUUCGGCAGGAUGUCGAAACCAUAGAGAACAAUUAUGCAAAAUUCAAAGUAGACUCGAAAUCUUCCAACAAAAGCUUACUAAACGCUAUGAUUUGUGUUGAAUCAUGUGUUCGAUAUCCGUCGAUGUUUUGAUAACUUAGAAAUAGAGCAGGCUUUUCCCAGCGGCGAAAAAAAGUCACAGGAUCGAGGUCCAAAAAGCAAGAGCACUAUAAAAACCUUAAUAGUUUUGAGUUUUAUCGCUUUAAAGAAAGUUGUUUCUUUUUCUCAACUUAAGAACUGUUCUUGUGUCCUUUACCUUACUAUUUUCGGGUACUUUUUUAUUAUUGCCGUGUCUAUUUGUACAUAAUUUUCCGGGAAAGAAAAAAACAGAUUCUAAUACAAACGUUUACCACGUUCAUUAAUUUGUUUUAUUAUUCAUUCAAAAUAUUUCCCGGAUUACGAUUGGCUAAAAGCACGCGCAUAAUUCACCACAACCAGCUACUGAUGACAAAGUUUAAAAGAAUUUUGCGAUUAAUGAACCGAUGACGUCAAAAGUGCAGCUUCCUUGCAGGUUAAUGCACCGUUAACUGAGAAGCCCUGGGGACGGAGUUGAGUUGUUUUGGUUGUGAAAACAAAAAAGGCGGACAUUUCGCUUGUUUCAAGAGUAAGAACUAGGCGAAAUAAUAGCUAAAAACAUGGCAAGAACAGCAAACAGACAACUCAAAGGGCGACAUCUGUUAUUUGGAGAAUAUUUGCAUAGCUGAACAACCCUAAACGUGCACUAUCGAAGAUGAACCUAACAUCGAUGGAGGUAAGCAUGUUUUAGCUAUGUUUUUAAACUAGGAAUUAUUUUGAAUAAAUAAUAAAACAAUUUUUGAAUUCGGCUUUAGUACCAUAUGAAGAAUUAUGGAGAUCUCGGAGGGUGUUAUCCCUCCUUGAUCUCCAUAAUUCUUCAUAAGAUACUCAGCCUUAUUCAUUAAUUUGUUGUAGAAUAUCUGUAAACAGAAUGUAAGGGUUGUGAACUCACGCCCCCUGGACGCUUUGCUAGUCUAUCGCAGGGUUACCCCAGCAGUUUGUCGCCGGUACCCAUUGUUUAAGAGGCACAAUUUGGAGUAAAUUUCCUUGUCCAAGGAAACAACGGGACGGGUGAGGCUUGACACACAGCCACACACGCCUCCACUGAAUUUUUCAAAGCAAGUGCUAAACAGCUUGAAGUAUCUCACGCGGUCUCUGUAAUGAUUAUUUCUCGAAGGCAAGACGUAAUGGGUUUGCCUAUGUUCCUUGUCAUUUUGUCUCAAAAGAAAAGAUCGCGCUCAUUUUAUAACGAGAAGCAGAAUUUUCCUCGCGAUUUAAGACAAGUAUUGCUUAUUUGUAUUUAUAGAUAAGCCGAAGAUAAGGAUGCCGUUGUCCGUAGUACGCAGUGUACCAGAGCAUUAUACCUGGUUCAUGCUGGAAGGCACCCCACCCAUUCAAGCUUGGUUAGGCAACUCAUCUACACCUUUGGAGGGUGGGCCAGUGGUGAAAGGACUUAAAUUCACUCAGACGGGAAACUAUACAAUUCUGGCAAAAAGUGAAUCAGGAAAUAGCUCCAAAACGGUUGACGUUAACGUUGUGGGUAAGUUUUUUGUCUCAAGUUAACAUGUUAAUAUAUCCAACCAUAUUUCAGUACCAACCUUUGAUAAUUGUGUUAUUUUUUGCUCAUAUUGAGCGUUCCUCCCGAUCGAACGAGUCAACUUUGUUGCUUUUGAACGCACCGAUGGUGUAUUUAUUCAAUGUAGUGAAGGCGUUUUCAAUAUGGUAGUUUUCAUUUUUACAGCGUAGGUUAAUGAACACAUUUGGUUUAGAAAUCUACCCUUGCAGUUGCCUCAUCCACGUUUCGCUUGUCAUCUCUUACCUGAGACUAGAUGCAUUGAUCUCGCAGAUUGCAGUCAUUUAUGUCAGAGUAAUGGUUUUAUGAAUGGUUCCAGUCAAGUAACCAACGAUCAUGACUGCAGUGGAGGCAAUGUUACAUAUAUUUGGAAGUGUAUACCAACAACAACUACUAAUUUGUAAGUGGAUCUCCUAGCUUAAGGACUCGUUAACUGCUGAUUUUAAUUAAAAUGCUCAGUGGCAGUGAAUCAUGCAUCAAAAGAAUAAAAACGUUCAAAUGUAAACGCCCUAAAAAUCGUUUAGCUUUGAAAAAGAGCCUCCUGAGGUUUCUAUCAAUUAAAAUUUAAAAAAAUACAUUUGGGGUAAAACGGACAUCAUUAUUACUUUCAUCAUUAAAGAAGUAUACCAGUCGAUGAGCGUUUUUUCCCUUGAGUUAGUUUACAAGUUUAUACGACCUCAAUCUGAUUUUGAAUUACAGAAUGUUUGUUGUUAUAUGAUUAUUCUUCCCCAAGGGAGCGGCCUAUAAAUUUGUCGCGCCGUGUAUCGCGUGGAUCGCACAGCGACGCUCAUCGACGCAGAAACUCGAGUUGGAAAUAUUUCUAGAUAGCUCUUGGGUUUCCGCAUCCAGUGUGACGUCAUGGUGCAUUUUCAACACGACUUCAAAAUAUGUGUACGCUAUCACGUUUUAUUCAUGAAAGGCUGAUGUCUUUAUUCAUCGUCUGUUAAACAAUGUUUACUCUCGGUGAAUCGCGAUCAAUUUCUCAGACAACUGAAAGAGAACGGCAAGCACAAGACAACGUUUCAUUCAACAAGUGGCUGGGAAUCCUCGCUGGGGAAGAUUUACCAUCGAAACUCCACUGCAGCGAGAACGGGAACUUGAAAUCCAGCGCGAGCAACCAAGAAGACGAGCUCGAAAUGGCUUUGAAAUACUCGCUUAAUACAACUCCACCAGCUUCAAAUAGUGUGUAUGACAGAGAAAACUGCUGUUAGUAUAUUAAUCGCACGGUAAGAAUUGUCCAGUGGUAGCAAGGCCCAGUGGUCUGGAAGCUGACUUCACGCACUAGAGGCAAUUAUAGUGUAGGUUCGAAUAUCGGCGUGGUUAUUUAUUUAUUGCGUUUUCUUUAAACAUUUUUUUUUCUGUUUAGUUUUCUUUUUCGACAUAUUUUUGCCCUUUGGUUUGUUUCCCCGUAUUCUCAUUAAGGACUAUUUACAGCCUCGCGAGAUUUUUGCGACAACGUAUUUCUAGUUUAACAAAUAAUAUGAACGCCCAUCAUUCUAGACCCGCAGAAUGUGAAUAAUCGUGGUUCUCAACUACGGAAACCCGUCGUGUGGCAAUUAUGCAACCAAAGGAUAACCAUGAUCAACAAUAACAAUAUGACAAUGAGGUUGACCAUGGUCAAUCUGGUUGUAGCUAAGGGCAGUAGAAACCAAUGCACUACAUCCUUAACACUCUAAAGUGGUCUUCGAAAAAAAAAAACACACUAAAGAAGGUCAAAGCACAAAACAUACUAUAUUACAGUAGGCAUUCGGAGGUGAGACCGCUGACCUGAAACUACGAAGCCGUGCUUUUUAUAGGCAAGUUUCCACACUGAUUCUCUUUAAGGUUUUUAGUCUAUCCAAGUUUAUUGCAGUCUUGAAUUACCCAGCCAAUUUAAAUGAUAGAAUAUCUGCCAGAUAUUCCUUUCAAUUUGACACAAGGAUUGAGCCUGUGUUUGGGUACCUGCGGAAAUAGGUUUUUCAGGCGAAAUCGUCGCACAUCAAGAAUUGUUUAACCUUGUAGGGCUACUACAAAGCUCAACGCAACCACAACAACAACAAAAUCGAGAACCUAAACAAAACAAAAAUUCCGAACGGGCAGCACAAUGUUUGGCAUGCUUCCUUGCCGUCAUUGAAAGACUAAUGUUGUCAUAAGGGAUUGAAAUAGCUAUGCGAUAGCUGCAUCUCUAAGAUCGUCGCGACUUCGAUGUCCAUGGAGAGGCUUAGGUUUUUUUCUUAUUUUUUAAUGCAUAAGGGGUCAAAAUGUUUUGCUAUUUGUUGCACCAGAAAAUAGGUCGUGAGCCAUCCAAACAACACCGCCAAUUUUAACAGUGUAGGUGAAAAAAGUGUGAUUCUACAUAGUUUAUGAUUUGGUGGAACCUGGUACAUUUACAUUAUGGGAGUGAGUCAGUUACAUAUCCUUAAUUCGUGAAUAAGGAUACAACUCAUGAAUCUGGACUUAAAUGUUUAAUUUACUCCACAAAAGAUCACUGCGUUGCCAUUGGCUAUUCAUCUUUUGCUGCCAAUAAACCAAGGUGAAGAGCUGAUGGUCACACCCAUCGGCGCAACAUUGCCAACCUCGGUCGAAUGUGGUUGACGAUGAAAAACUAUGAUAAUGUUGAUAAGAGACAAUUCUGUCGUUGUAUCAUAGGGGUCAGCGGUGUUCCGCGUGGGCCGUAUUGUAUGUGUAAAACGAAGAUGGCUGCAUUUGCUUUGAGAAUAAAGUGUUGUGUUCUCGAAAGCUGUUGUUCCUUUGAUGGAAGCUUUCCCAGCCGGUUAACAUGGUGUCAGAAGUAGACGAACACGCGCCUAAAGUCAGGAGGUUUCGUCCAUAGUACGGUCAGUUUAUGUUUAAGAACGAACUGUGGGAGUUGUACGAAUUGUCCCCGCCAUUUUUGGAUGUUAUCAAGCUGGUGCCCGUAUAAAUUGUUUGUGUUUGCUGUUAUCAUGGCCAACGCUCCAGUGGGUUUUCCUCUCCCUCAAAUGCAAGAUGAGCGAGAAGCUCUACACUGUUUCAUAUUGGAUUAUAUUGAUUAUUGCACGGUGAUGGGAUGGUUCGAGCGGAAAGACAGAUGUAAAUAUGACGAUCAAAGCGAGGAUGGGGAAAAACCAAUGGAAGAAACAAAACCUUGGCAUGUCAACACUUGGAGCAAUUCUGCCUUCGAAGAUGAAGAGAUUGAUUAAUCCAAAUAACAAAACGCCUGGACUAUCCGAGGAAGAUAAGAGUGACCCGGCGAAAGUUAUUAAAGCCCUCAUUAAGCGUUUUGGAGGCAGUGUCAGUGUUCAAGCUGAGCGAACGAAAAUGGGACGCAUGUUUCAGUCCGAGUCGAGUGGUGGGGCGAGCUAGAUAUUGUGAAUAUGGGAAUUUUGAAGAUCAAGCAUGCCGCGACCGUUUUAUUGCUGGCUUGGUGGACGAAACUUUACAAGGAAAGUUGACUACUAAUGGUCAGCGUGACAAGAAUGGUAACAUUGUGGAGUUCCGUACUGUGGUUGAAAUAGCAAAGAAUUAUGAAUCCUCCACUGACGCUCGAAGGCUUAUGAGGCAAGUCCGUGAAGAUCAAGAGCACGUUAAUUGGACCGAAAAAAGCACCCCAUUCAAAGCAAAACAGCACUCGCUCUCAAAGCCAAAGCAAUGGCAAAGAGUCGUGUAGAAAACAGUCUGAGUGUUACUACUGUGGGGCGACACCGAGUCACCCAAAGGAAAAGUGUCGUGCAUUUCUCCUUAAGUAUAAGUGCAGAAAAUGUGGCAAAGAAGGGCAUAUAGCUCGGAAAUGUUUGAGCAAACCUCAGGACGUGAAUGCGUUGGAUGAUUCAGUUUCUGAUGAUGGGCAAGAAACAUAUCAUUUGUUUACUCUGGACACUCACUCUGUGAGAUCGGUAUCUGUACUUGGAAAACUUUGCAAUUAGGUACUGCGUCAACAACCAACACUCUUGCAGUGGAGGACCUCCACUGUGUCCAGCAGGGGUUGAUAUCCAUAGUCUAAUCAAACCCUCCUCUGCCAUCCUGAGUACCUAUGGACGAGGUAUAAUAAAGCCAGAGGGCAAAUAGCAUUGGUUUAUGAAACUCAAGAAAAGUUUCACACUCUUCAGUUUCAGUUGUUAAAUAAGGACGUCAUGGGAUCAGAGCCACCUCUUCUAAGUGGAUCUGAUUGUGUUAAAUUAGGCCUGGUUGAGAUAAGAGAAAACACCUGCUCUUUGGAUCGUAACAACCCAAAAGGGGGUGCCUCAGAGUGUACCAGCUUAACUCGGGACCUCUGCGCGGAAGAGUUGAGGAAAGUGGACCUCCUGAUCAGGAAGUCAGGCCCACCUUACUGAAUGGUAGUGCAACAGAAGAGAUUAAUCUGACGGAGGAAACUACCAGCACCUCUCCAGUACAUGGCACGUGUGAGGAUAUUAGUGUACUUCAUCGUGCUGUAACCAAUGAAGAAAAAGUUUGUCCAAGGAGAGCAUGGCUAGUGAGGUGGGUGUGUCCCAUGUGCCUGUCCCCUGUGGAAAACUGACUAAAGCCAUUGUCAUGGAUGCAUUUAAGGAUGUCCAUACACGGUUAGGAACUUUGGGGCCGCCCCUGCACAUCAGCGUGAACCCUAAUGUGACUCCAAUCCAAGCUCAUCCACAUCGGUGCCCUGUAGCAAAGGAAGAAAAAGCAUCUGACGCAAUACGUGACCUUGAAAAACAGGGUAUCCUGAAAAAGGUUACUGAGCCGACUGCAUGGAUCUCCAACAGCGUCUAUAAAGAGAAACCCGACGGAAGCAUUCUUAUGUGUAUUGAUCCUAGCCAAACGAUCAAUAAAGCCAUUAAAGUCCCAAAGUACCACAUUCCUACAGUUGAUGAGUUACUGCCUAAGUUGAACAAUGCCAAAAAUUUAUUCCUGUGUGGAUGUGUACAAGGGGUUCACAAACAUUGAGUUAGAUGACAGUUCCUCAUUCCUAACGACCAUGCAUACUCCAAUUAGUCGUUACCGUUGGCUGGGUAUGCCGUUCGGGGUCAGUUUAGGACCGGAGGAAUACCAGCGUAGACAACAUGAAGCACUGGAAGGAUUGACUGGUGUUGUGAACAAGGGCAUUUGGUCUUUGGGAGUGGAGAUAGUAUGGAGGAGGCUGAGAAGGAUCACGAUAUUAACUUGUGGAACUUAAUGUUGCGGUGCCGUGACGUGAAUCUCAAGUUAAACCCCAGGAAAUUUCAGUUCAAAGUGAAGCAAGUUACCUGGAUAGGCCACCUCCUUAGCAGUAAUGGCAUUAGCCCACAUCCAGGUCGAGUCCAGGCUAUUAAGGACAUGAACCCACCAAAAGAUGUGAAAAGGGUUCAGUGGUUCCUAGGCAUGUGCAAUUAUUUGUCACGCUUCACCCUAAACCUUGCAGAAAUUGUGAAGCCGCUCACUGAGCUGACACACGUGAAUGCAGUGUGGUCAUGGUCAUCCCAGCAUGACAAAGCUUUUAAGAGAGCCAAAAGCUUAAUUGCAAAUGCCACGACGUUGAAGUUCUUUGAUGUGAACAAGCCAUGUGUAUUACAAGUGGACGCCAGUGACACAGGCCUUGGAGGUGCCCUGCUGCAAGAUGGGCAACCUGUGACUUUCACAAGUUCAACGCUGUCAGCAACUGAAGUCAGCUACGCGCCUACUGAAAAGGAAUGUCUGGCCAUCAAAGUAGCCUGUACAAAGUUCUACCAGUAUCUUGGUAAACAAGAUGUUAUAGUACAUUCUGAUCACCAGCCGUUAGAAACGAUUUUCAAAAAACCCCCUGAGUAGAGCCCUAAGACGCCUUCAACGGAUGAUGCUUCAGCUUACAGCCGUUCAAGUUCACAGUAGUUUACAAGAAAGGCAAGUACAUCUACUUGGCCGAUACACUGUCGCGAGCCGCCUUGAACCUCCCUACACCCUCAGACCCACAAGAGGUGUUCCAGUGGAACUCAGCGGAUGCACUAGAGAUGUCCCGGGUAGAACUAGAGACCAUGGAACUAGACUUCUCAGACAUAUAUCCUAGCUCCUUGGAGGAAAUUAAAGCUGAAACCUAGGCGGAUCCUACCCCGUCAAUCCUAUGUAUGUUCGUGGCCCAUGGUUGGCCCUCCGACAAAUCACAGGUGCCCACAGCACUCCGUCAUUACUAUCCGUUAAGGGAUGAGCUAGCGGUAUACAAUGGUGUAUUGUACAAGUCACACAAAGUCCUCCUUCCCGUGUAGCUACGGUUUACUAUGCUAAAAAAACUCCACCACGGUCACCAGGGCGGUGAAAGCAUGAUUCGCCGCGCUCGAGAAGUAAUGUAUUGGCCUGGAAUGCAAGCUGCAAUCCUUCAAGAGAGUGCCAUAUGUUCAUUGUGUGCUAGCUAUGGUUCGGCCCUCCCAAAGGAACCGAUGUUGUCGCAUGAAAUUCCACAAGGUCGAUGGAAAUUUAUCUCGCAGGACCUAUUCAAACAGGGUGGGCGUUGGUAUUAUGUUACAGUAGACCACUACAGUGACUGGUUUGAGGUCCAUCUGUUGAAUGAAGACAUCACUGCUGCCAAUGUUAUCUCAGUCAAAAAGGCGCACUUUGCCCUUUAUGGUAUACCAGAUAUAUUUUUGUCCGACAAUGGACCUCAGUGCACCUCUCAGGAAUUUUAGAAUUUUGCCAAGACCGAUGGUUUCAAGUUGAUUACCCGGUCACCGUAUUAUGCUAGAGCUACCGGUAAAGCUGAAGCUGCUGUUAAGGAGGCCAAGAAGAUGUUAAAAAAAUUAGACCUCUCCACUGGUCUCUUGUUCCAUAGGAGCACUCCCUCAGGGUCUGACUUACUCCCCGGCACAAAGGUUUCUCUGCCGACGAACAAAGUCUAACUUGCCAAUAGCUGAAGCAUUGUUGAGCCAAUCUGUGCCACCUGUAAGCGUAGUCCGUGACGAGCAUCUGGGUAGGCGAGCUAAAGCCAAAGCUCACUAUGACAAAACUGCUAGCAGAGACUUACCUCCGCUUACGCCUGGACAGUAUGUGUACACCAGGCCAAUUGACCAUCAACAUGGUGAACAGUGGUGUCACGGCGAAGUCUUGGGCGACGUAACACCACUUUCGUAUGUGAUAAAAACGCAAGACAGGUUGGUUAGACGGAACAGGAUCCACUUAAGACCUAAUGAGCCUCAGGUCCCUUGUGUCCCACAACCAUUGCCAGAACAACCAGUAAUAGAUAGUGGUGCGGAUGUAGGAAAUGCUGCGGAAACCAUAGUGCCUAACCCACUUCAGAGUCCACGAAUGAGAAUUCACUUCCAUCAGUGCAAAUCUCGCGUUAUGGCCUUCCAAUUAGACGACCAAAGAGACUGGACCUUUAAAACUGGAGACUAGAGGGCAGUAUGGUACUUGAUGUUGACUAUUAUCUGACAUUACCUGUUCACAUUUGUUUGUGUUAAUGACUAUUAUGUUCUUUUUGUUUUGUUUUUUUUCAUUUUUCGAAACAUAUUAAAAUGUUAAUAGUUUUCUUUGAAAGGGAGGAUGUUGAUAAGAGACAAUUCUGUCGUUGUAUCAUAGGGGUAAGCGGUGUUCCGCGUGGGCCGUAUUGUAUGUGUAAAACGAAGAUGGUUGCAUGUGCUUUGAGAAUAAAGUGUUGUGUUCUCGCAAGCUGUUGUUCCUUUGAUGGAAGCUUUCUCAGCCAGUCAACAAUAACAUGCACAACCUGUUACCGUUAUAUUAUUGCGACAGAAGGAAAGACUACUGCUUUUUCGCAUAGUCGGCUUGUUGCUAUACAAACAUUUCGUACCGUAAGGCCCGUACCGUCGCGGCGGGCCGUAAAGCCUUUUUAAAGUCCAUAGAACGCCUUCAUACUGCGAUUUCUUUACAGAUUGACAAUUUUAAUAUAAUUUGAUUUUACUUGAAUUUGGAUUUUAAAGAAUGCCCAGGAUGUUUUGUUAAAAUAUAUACUUUUUUCGUUUAAAAACAAAAAAUAAACAGUCUACCAGUUAAUGUAGGCUAUAUAUAUUUCAAUUUGCUGUAGGAAAUUGUCAAACAGCAGGAUCGAGGAAAUCCCGCACGGAAUUUUCGCAGGCCUCUCUUCAUUGCAGAUUUUGUAAGUUUAUCACAUUUGAUUUUGUAUUUGUAGUCGUUUAGAUCCACAUUGGCUAAAUCUUGUGACAAUUAAUUGCUGCAGCUUGGACAAAUAAUCUCCUAAAUAGCAAUAGCAGCACUCAGUAAAACUGUUCCUUUUUGCCCCAUUGUAAAAAAUGUGCAUUUGCGGCUAAGAAAUCAAACAUGUACGUUCACCCACACCUGCCAAGGCAAAAAGUGAAUUUUCCGAAGCAAGGCCUAUUUUUAAUGACAAAACUUUGAAAAUCACUUACAAAUAAUUAACCGCGUUGACCAAGGAACUAGUUUGGGAUUCAAGACCACAAUCGAAACAGCGGCGGAAUCCCAUUAAAGCCCCUUAUUUUUUUUGUUAAUUUGUAAUUGCUUAAUUUGCUAUUACAACCGCUGACAUCAUAUCUUGUACUUAUACAGUUUACAUUAUCUUCAUUUCAUGUUUCAAAUAAAUCAAAAAAUUGACUUGCUGCUAAUGUAUGGGUUAUCAUAGCUCAGUUGGUAGAGCACUGCAGCAAUUUUGUUAAGGUUUCUGGAGGACGCGCUUUCGUGGAAUGCGCCUCUAUGAAAUGCCGCUGAAAUAUCUCUUCUUUCUUUAAGACAACGUUUCUGGACUCCAAUCAACCUCUCCAUGCAGUAAUAGAUUUCAGUUUAAGAUUGCGUAUUUUAGUCACUAGGUUUAGGAUAAGCCGUCUAUGUCCUUUAUCCUUCUGAAAAUCUUUAUCGUCACACUUGAAGUGAAUCCAUUUUUGAUAAAAGGAGGCCCAUGACUCAACAGAUCAGGAUGAAUUUUCCAGAAAAAGACUUCAAAAUCAUUUCUCAUCGUCAAGCAAGUCAUGUGUGCACCCAAUCAGAACAUGACUUUCGUUAUGUGUCAACCUUUAGAUGAAAGCAUGGGUAUUUUUGGCUUCAAUGCUUAGAAAAGCAUUCAUUAAAAGAGCAAAUUUGUCAGCCUGUUUCCCAGUCAUAUUCUUAUUAAAGAGAAAAUGACAUGUGAACGUGGGGUGAUAGUUUUCCCAUCUUUAAUUAUUAAUUUACAGUACUUUGUUACAGGGAUUUGUCGAACAACGUGGUUAAACAGCUCGUACCAGGAGUAUUUGCAGAUCUCCCUUCGUUGCAGUCCUUGUAG